GGCGGGAUGGCGCACGCGCGCAGAGGCUUCGGCCGCUAGCCGAGCGUAAACAAGGCGCCGCUGAGAGGGAUGAGGAGACGGCCGGAGAAGAUGGGCCGGGCCGGGCGCCUCCGAGGCUGAGCCUCCCGUCCUUCUUGCGCUCCCCCGGCGGAGGACGCGGAACGAGGCCGCCAUGAACUUAGCCAGCCAGAGCGGCGAGGCCGGCCCCGGCCAACUGCUCUUCGCCAACUUCAACCAGGACAACACAUCUUUAGCUGUUGGCAACAAGUCGGGCUACAAAUUCUUCUCCCUUUCUUCUGUGGAUAAACUGGAGCAGAUCUAUGAAUGCACUGACACAGAAGACGUGUGCAUCGUGGAACGGCUCUUCUCCAGCAGCUUGGUAGCCAUCGUGAGCCUCAGAGCGCCUCGCAAGCUGAAAGUCUGCCACUUCAAGAAAGGGACAGAGAUCUGCAACUACAGCUAUUCCAACACGAUCUUGGCCGUCAAGCUGAAUAGGCAGAGAUUGAUCGUAUGCCUAGAAGAGUCUCUGUACAUACAUAAUAUACGGGAUAUGAAGGUGCUGCACACCAUCAGGGAGACGCCCCCCAACCCUGCGGGUUUAUGCGCCCUGUCCAUAAACAAUGAUAACUGUUACCUGGCCUAUCCAGGAAGUGCCACCAUCGGGGAAGUGCAAGUCUUUGACACCAUCAACCUGAGAGCUACCAACAUGAUCCCCGCUCACGACAGUCCUUUGGCCGCGCUGGCUUUUGACGCAAGCGGUACAAAACUAGCCACCGCCUCAGAAAAGGGUACGGUGAUCCGGGUAUUUUCCAUUCCAGAGGGGCAGAAGCUGUUUGAAUUCCGAAGGGGCAUGAAGAGAUGCGUCAGCAUCUCUUCCUUGGCCUUUAGCAUGGAUGGCAUGUUCCUGUCUGCUUCCAGUAACACAGAGACAGUGCAUAUUUUCAAAUUGGAGACUGUGAAAGAGAAACCUCAAGAGGAACCCACAACCUGGACAGGGUAUUUUGUGGAGACCAUUAGGACUUUCCCAAACUACCUUCCUGCCCAGGUGACCGAAAUGUUCAACCAAGGCCGAGCCUUUGCAACUGUCCGUCUCCCUUUCUGUGGGCACAGAAACAUCUGCACAUUGGCCACAAUUCAGAAAAUUCCCCGACUUUUGGUAGCAGCUGCUGACGGGUAUCUCUACAUGUACAAUUUGGACCCUCAGGAAGGGGGUGAAUGCACACUGAUGAAACAGCACAAGUUGGAUGGCAGCAUGGAGCCAGCCAAUGAAAUUCUAGAAUCUGCCUCCCACGACAGACCAUUAGUAGCACAGACUUACAGUGCCGCUGUGACUAAAGGUGCUACUUAUAUGCCUUCUUCACCUACAAGACAUGUCUACAAUGAGGAUCUGGGGGCAGUUGGUGGCGUUUGCCUGGAAGAUGACAUCGGCGCUCUGCGACUCGAUGAGGACAGCGAACACCCUCCGAUGAUCCUUCGGACUGAUUGAACUUCAACCUGUGAACUUCACUCCUGAAGCUGAGAACACUGGCCUGAUACUUCUGGGGGACUAGUAUCAACGCUGCUAUGGACUUCGGCCUGAACCAAGAGUGUGACAGUUGAAGAAGACAGACUCUCUAAAAUAGUCUCAAAGCAAAACACACACCCACACACAAACACCAUUAUAGUUGUAGUGCCGAUUCCAUGCCACGUGGGGUGGGAACACAUCCAGAUUUCACUUUGGUGGCUUUUACGUUCCGCUCUUUUAGCCGUCAGGAAAUAACCCGUAUAUUUUUGUUGUUGCCAAAACCGGCUAUUUAUUCAGCACCUUCUAGCUUUGCAUGCCUUCUUGUGCCAAGCAGACAUAGGCGAGCAGAUUGAUUUUAUAGCAGGUUUUUCUAAAGAAACAAAUUGGUGGACCUCGCACAGGGCAUUGGAGAGGGGAAAGAGUAGCAGCGAUGUUGGGUUCAGACGCUUUAGCUUCUUCUGCCUGGACAAAAAAAAAGAAAUCCAAGUGGCUUUUUGUGCACGGCUUACAGGCGUGCCUGGUGAAUUUGACACACUACUUUUACUAAAGAUCAAGCGUUCUUCUUUGGGUCUUUCUCGCCUCCGCCUCUCCUUCAUGAUCCAUUUCCUCUGCCUCUUUUCUCUGGUUUGUAUCAUUUUGCUUUCUCCUCAGCUCCUCAGACCAUUUUGGUAAUUAAAACUCCUGAUUCUGCCUCGUUUGUGGGAUUGUUGUAUUUUUCUCUUCUAAAAGGGUGCGAGACCUUGUUUUUCCAAGCCACCUCAACCAUGAAGAUAAGGCUUUGAGCCCAAAGGAGAGAUAAGGGAGAGAAACCUUUAUUUGUCUUUUGGGGCCACCUUUAGAAGCUGUGUGAAGCCAGGAAUCCUGGCUUAAUAGACCAUAGUGUGUUGCAUAUUGAUGGCACGUAACAGGGUGGUGAAGCAAUCUGAAUUCGGAGGGCAAAAGAUGACUUGGAGCUCCCGUGGGGGCACACAUUGGCAGUUUCUUAAAUGCCUCUUUUUCCUUGGGACUGCUGUGCGAGCUCAGAGUUGCUGGGAGGAGGGUUCCCCCGCAUAUCCCUCCGGUUCACCUUCUCCAUUUUUGAAUUUAGACCCCUGCCCAGCCCUAAGCAGAGAACUCCUCCCACGCUGCUUGGAUCCCAGUUUAAGCCAGCUUCCAAGGCUGGAUUGUUUGGGUACGUGCCUGGACUUGAUGUGAAAAUCCGUCCUGCUUUAUUUGCUUGUUUGGAGAGCAGAGGAAACGGGCUGCUUGCACCAGCAUCACGGUUUGUUGAGCCAAAUCCCCUUGGCUUCCUAUGACGUCAUAACCUGGCUAGCAUGUUGAGUUUAACAAGUGUUAAGUUCUUAACCAGAAAGCGUGUUCCUCCUCCUGUUCUUUUUGUCCAAGCUGUAUAAAUCUAUGUCUCACUUCAGUCCUUCCCAGGCUUGUAGCCUUCUGGCUAAGGCUCUUCUCAGAAGCUGUUGGCAUUCUUGGUCUGUCCUGUUUUGCCUUUUUUCUCCUCCGUUCUUCAGAGUGGAACGAGCUCCUGUUGAGAUCGACCUUACCUCAGGCUCUCCUUCUCUGUCAGGAAGUUUAUCCCUACAUUUCGCAUAUUGUCAUGCUGGCGUUUUCCCGUCCAUCAUCAGUUGCAACUGCCGCUAACAGCAUCUCUAGGAGGUUAAAGGGGUGAAGCCUGAAUGUUGGGGUGACUUCUCAGGGAUACAUUCACAGAGAGAGCUAAUUUCUAGCACGUCAGUUAAGGCCCGAGUUGUUCUCCUUAAGUUGCGGUUCAAGGUUUAGACUGAAUCAUGUUCCUGUAUCAUUGUUUGUCCCCUUGGCUCAGCUCUUCCUCCUCCUCCUCCUCCUCUCUUGAGGUGUUGCCUAACCUGUUGUACCAUUUCUCACUUGCGACAGCUUGCGCAAAGGUUCCCGUGUCGUGGAGAGGACGGGUUUGCUUGGAGCUGCCAGGACUUGGAUGAAAGAGUGACCAAAAUUGGGGAAACCCACCUCCUCUUUACAGAGCUGUGACAUGCCUUGUUUUGCUCUGUUUUGUUUUUUAAACCUUUGAGAUUUGUUUCCGUCAGCAAAGAAGAAAAAUUAUGUGGAAAACCUUUUGGGUGUGAACGUUUUGUUUUUCAUAGAAUGUUAGCCAUCUUCCCCCCCCUCCUUUUGAUUAAAUUAUUACUCACUCUC